UGCGGGUCGUGCGUGGGGGGGGGGCCGUGCGGGGCAGUCGCCUGGGACGAUCCGCCCAUGCGCCGGCGACACUCCGUCUACGACGCUCCAUAUGUGCGCAGCCAUGGCGUCUCAUUCCGGGCGAGAUGGUGAUGGCGACUUCACACCCCGGUCGCCCCAAACCCAGGCUGCACAGAUCUCUGAUACGUCAAGCCCCUCGGCGACUGAGCCUGCGAAGAAGGACACGGUCGAUCUUGCGACCGAGGCCGCUCAGAAGAUCAACUCGAUCCUGGCCGCCAGAGGCGCCGUUCUGCCAAAAGUUGCUCUUCCAGACAUCAAGCUCGACCCAGUGGCACCCAAGAUCGAUCUGCCUCCCCUGAAAGAGAAGAAGGAGGAGUUUGUCAUGGAUAUUCCCAUCAACGAUGUCAAGAACCGCUACAUCCUUACCAAGGGAGCUACACAGCUCAAGAUCAAGCAGGAUACGGGAGCCGAUGUCAUCACCAGAGGAAAGUUCUAUCCCGACAAGAAUCUUGCGACCGACAAAGAUCCGCCCCUCUUUCUGCACGUCAUCGCUCAGGCUCAGGAGGACUUGGACGCUGCUGUCAAGAUCAUCAACGAUUUGAUCGACCAGGCCCAGCUCCCGCCACAGGCCGGCGCUCCCUUUGUGGAUCCACCGAGAUCGCACCAACCCCGCGAAAGCCUUCCUCCGCGAUCGAUGCUCCAGGGCAAAGUGUUUGUCGGCAUCGAGCCUGAUCGAUUCUUCAACGUGCGCGCCAAGAUCAUCGGACCUGGCGGCCAGUACGUCAAGCACAUCCAGCAGGAAACAGGAACCAAGGUUCAGCUCAAGGGCCAGGGCUCGGGCUUCACUGAAACAGGCUCGGGGAUGGAGGCCAUGGAGCCUCUCCAUCUGCAUAUCACCGGCCAUUCUCAAGAAGCCAUCGACGAGGCCGAGCGCCUGUGCAAGGACUUGAUUGAUACGGUCCGUGACGAACACGAUCGCUAUCGCCAGCAGCCACCCCACAGACUGCACAACUCCUAUUCAUCCGGCGGACACCACCAUCCUCCUCCACGAUCUCGGUCUGGAUACAACCAGCAGCCAUACUACGGCGGACCUCCUCCUCCUCCCCCUCAUGGCGGCAGUGCCCCUCCUCCUCCUCCUCCUCCUCACGGCGGCAACCCCUAUCCUCCCCCGCCUCCGCCUCCGGGAGGAUAUAAUCCCUACCCACCCGUCUACAAUCCCCCGGCGGCCGCAUCUGGAUCUGCAUCUGCAUCUGCAUCUGCAUCUGGAUACCCCGGAUGGUCCGACAACCAGGCAGCGGCAAGCCAGGCCUCGUACUAUGGCUACACUGACCCGAACGCUUACGGCUCAUACGGCUAUGGCGAAUACUCUGCGACUCCAUCGUACGGCCACUACCAACAGCCAUCGCACGACUCGUCGAACGGCGCAUCGCAGCAAUAAGCGGCGUCGCCGCAGCACCGUCAUUUGCAUAUUAUCCGGAGCUAUCCGUUGAGCCACAAACACAGCAAUCGCAACCCUUUUUCUCGCUGCCCGGACCGAAAGAUUUGUGGUGCCAUGUGGUUUAGUCUGUUUUGAACCAGGA